AUGAUUUCUUCAAACACGUCACUUUUCAGUAAGCAAAGCUUUAUUUAUUAUAGAGAGAAACAUAAUUCUCUCUCUUUACCUUCUCCCCCACCUUCACCGCACGGAUCAGCAUUAAGAGGAUCAAAACAAAAUGAAAUGGCAAAUACUCUUUUUCCUCCUAUAAAAUAUUUAUUAGAUAUACCAACUGAUCAUUCAGACAACAUUAAAAAAACGGAAUUGUCAUAUAAAAAAACGCCAUCGCACUGUCUUUCUAGAUUUUCACUAUCUAAUAUUAAGUCAUCCCCACUUAAGACAAGUCACACGAUACCUGAAUUAAUCAUUGAUAAUAAUACUUCGUCUUAUUACACUAAUCAUGAUAAAAAUAACGUAAACGUUUAUAAAAUCUCUGUUAAUCAACAGCAAAAUUCCUUCAAGAAUCCUUAUACUCAAGCUUCCACUGUAAGUUCGUUUAUAAUAACCUUUAAAAAAAUUGACGAUCCUAUUAAUUCACCAAAAUUUUCAUUUAUGCAAUCUCAGACUGCACUUGAACCUGAGUCAUACGAGUUUCUUCCAAAAAAAGAUACAAAAUUUAAAAUUCAAAGGUUAAUGUCAACAAAGAGACAACGUCAUUCGAGAAGUAACCAAACAAAACGCUUAGACACUUCAGUUCCUCAACGAAAACGAAAGGGAAAUAGUCUAGUCAGAGUAAUGGCCGAUCAAGGACUUUUAGAGUCAGUUUUUAAUACCGAUAUUACUUCAAAUGAUACAAAAUCUGUUCGAAUACCACCACCGCUUCCAAUGCAAAUUGAUGAAUUAAUGUCUAAUAUCAACGCGCUUAAUCUUGAUAAUGAUGCAUUAGAAAAGAUAACACCUGCAAUUUCUUGGAAAGGACAACCAUUAUCUAUCACACAUCUACCUCACUAUAACGCUCUACAUCCUAUAGAGGCACAUGUAGUGUCUAUUCUUCGUCUCACACCGAUACAAUAUCUAACUGGAAAGCAUACACUUAUUUCAGCAGCUCACCGAUAUGCUCAAAAAGCACUCCCAUUCAAGAAAAGUGAUGCACAAAAGCUACUUCGAAUUGAUGUCAAUAAAGCUAGUAAAUUAUGGGAAUUUUUUCAUCAAGCUCAAUGGAUCUAA